UGCCAUUCCCCAAUGAUGGUUAUUACCUGAGAUUUCUUUUCCCCUUUCUAUUAAAUAAAUUUUGGUGCUUUGUCGCACAAUGGGAACGCCAAGAAGGGCCUGGAGUGGUGGUAAUAUAUCCGUUUUUGGACCAUUUGGAUAAUAUUGUCCAAUGCUAACACCUGGCAUUGACGUGGUUCUUUCAUACAGUGGAUGUUUGUGUGUUUAUUAUGUGGUGCAUCGCAGAAAUGUAAUGCACUGUUGGAGAGUCCCACAGGAACUGGCAAAACCCUUUGUCUUUUAUGUGCUACAUUAGCUUGGCGGAAGAGUUUGGGCAGUUUCUCAACUGGUGCGAAUGUUAAGACUACUCAGAGUUCUGGGGGCAACGUAGACAUUUCACCUUCACAACCUGAGGCCUCAAAGCUUCCUACUAUUAUAUAUUCUUCACGCACUCACAGCCAGAUCCGCCAAGUAAUUCAAGAGUUGAAAAGAACAUCAUACAGGCCUAAAAUGGUUGUUCUAGGAUCUCGGGAGCAAUUGUGCAUUCAUGAUCAGGUGAGUCUACUUCGGGGAAGGACACAAACAAAUGCUUGCCAUUUACUUUGCCGAAGGCGUGGCAAGAAUGGCAAGCACCGAUGCAAUCAUAACGAUCUUGUCCUUGAAUACUCAAAGAGAAACCCCCAUCUUGGAGAAGAACCUAUAGAUAUUGAGGAUUUGGUGAACAUUGGAAAAAGAUUUGGGCCGUGUCCUUACUACUUAUCAAAAGAACUCCAUAAGGCUGCUGAUAUAGUGUUUGCACCAUACAACUAUCUUAUUAAUCGCGGAUAUAGAAAAGUUUUGAAUAUUUCUUGGGAUAAUAGCAUACUCAUAUUUGAUGAAGCUCACAACCUGGAAAGCUUAUGUGCUGAUGCUGCCUCUUUUGACUUGCCUUCUUGGCUUCUAACAGCUUGCAUUUCUGAGGCUCAAAGUUGUGUUGACCUUUGUAUAGACAGAAGAGACAAAUUGAAUGAUAAGUCACGGAAUCCAGAUGAUUUUGCUAUCCUUAAAGCACUUCUGCUAAAACUCGAAAAGAGAAUUGCUGAUGUGCCUAUUGAAUCCAAGGAAUUGGGAUACACCAAACCUGGACCUUAUAUCUAUGAAUUUUUCUCUGACCUUAAUAUCACUCAUAAGACAGCUUCUAAGCUUAAGCGUACAAUUGAAGAAGCUGGGAUCCUUCUUGAGGAAGAUAGUCAGCAAAAGGCAAGUAGCACCAAUUUCAGGCUGGACAACAUAAGUGACAUCAUUGACAUUGUUUUCAGGGAUGAAGGCACUGCUCAUGCAAAAUACUAUCGGGUUCAUGUGAAAGAAGUUGAUGCAAAAGCUGCUGAUAAUGUUAAAGAGCUCAAGAUUAUCCAUUCUACUCUUCUCAUGGGUGCCUACUGCGGUCUUCUUUGUACAUGUUCAAACCAUCUUAUGCCCAUUUUUUUUGGUAAGGCUUCAAGGGUCCUUAGUUGGUGGUGCUUUAAUCCAGGAAUAGCUAUGGAAGUUUUUCCUAAGUUGGGCGUUGGCUCUGUUAUAUUAACUUCUGGCACAUUAUCUCCCAUGGAAUCUUUUGCUCAGGAGUUGAAAAUAGAUUUUCCCAUUCGGCUAGAAAAUCAGCAUGUAAUAACCCCAAAUCAGAUAUGGGCUGGAGUUGUACCAGUUGGCCCUUCAGGGCGUACUUUUAACUCUUCCUACCGCACACGUGAUUCUAUAGAGUACAAGCAGGAGCUUGGUAAUGCAAUUGUCAAUUUGGCUCGAAUCGUUCCUGAUGGACUUCUUGUAUUCUUCCCUUCUUAUUACCUUUUGGACCAAUGCAUUGAGUGCUGGAAAAACAUGAAUAACGGAAAUUCAACAUCUAUAUGGGAGAGAAUUUGCAAACAUAAGAAACCUGUCAUAGAACCCAGGCAAUCUUCCUUGUUUUCCCUAUCAAUUGAGGACUACAUAUCAAAGCUGAAAGACACCUCUGCAUCUGGAGCUGUAUUUUUUGCUGUUUGUCGUGGCAAGGUAAGUGAAGGAUUAGAUUUUGCAGACCAUGCUGGAAGAGCUGUGAUGAUAAUUGGUAUGCCAUUUGCCACAAGUAAGGAUCCUAAGAUUCGUUUAAAGAGAGAAUAUUUGGAUCAACAAUCUCAAACCCAAGGAGACUUGUGUAAGGUUUUAACUGGAGAAGAGUGGUAUAAUCAGCAAGCUUCACGUGCAGUGAAUCAGGCCGUUGGACGUGUAAUUCGUCACCGCCAUGACUAUGGAGCAAUUAUCCUUUGUGAUGAAAGGUUUGCGCAUCCACAUCGUCAAUCUCAGGUCUCACGUUGGAUACAGCCGCACAUCAAGUGUUUCUCAAAAUUUGGAGAAAUAGUUUUUACUUUAACUAGAUUUUUCCGUGAUGGAGGAAGUCGCGGCCCUACAAAGCUGUCAUUGUUAGAAGCUGAAAAUAGUGGGAAUUUCACAGAGAAGUCAUCAGAGCAAUGCCCGGACAAAUUUUGCCUGGAAAAACUUGUCUCUCCUCCUACUAUGUCAUUGACUCAAAAAUCCUCUUCGAAAAUAUUGCCUUCAGUUGGUGCUAAAGAAGGCUGUGUUCCGAAUCUUGGGGAAAUCAUGCCUGCUAAUCGUGCUUCUCUGGCUUUUAACGAUUGCAAGAUUAUAAGCUAUAAGAAUUCGAGGGACAUAUGUAAUGAUGUUCCACAUGGGAGGGAGAUUCCGUCGGGAGUUGAUGAAGUAAUUGAUUUGACUGGUGGUGCUCAACAUGCCAGCAGAGUAAAGGAUAUACAGACAGCACCUUCUGCCAAGAAGCGUAGAUUUAUAAGUGGAGAGUAUGACUUGAUGCAACGUGGUGAAUGUUCCGAUGAGCAUACACUUGUACGCCAAAAUGCUCAAAGUGGUGGGGAACUUGUACAUAAAGAUAAUGGGGUCGCCCAAAGGAGCAGGAACGUUGAGCUCCUUACACAAGAAGACAAUCGUCCUCCAGAUUCUGGACCUCCUGCAGAUGAGGAAACCCGGGGAUCAGCAUUCCUUGUUCAGGUUAAAGAGAAGCUCAGUGGUGCAGAGUAUAAAGACUUUGUGAGCUAUAUGAAGGCUCUUAAGACCAAAGCCAUGAGGAUGAGUGAAGUUUUGCAAUCCAUAUGUAGGCUGUUCUCUGGACCUGAGAGGCUACCGCUGCUUAAAAGGUUCAAAGAUUACAUUCCUGCAAAAUAUCAUUCUUUGUAUGAGCAGUAUGUUGACGAAAACAACUAAAAAACUCGUGGGCUGAACGUAAGGUGAACUCUCGAGGAGAAUAUUUCAGCUUGAACACGGUGCUUGGCACCUCUGAUUGCUUAUACGAUCAAGGAUGUGAAAAGGGUUGAGUUUUGGUACAUAAAGAGAAGCUGUAACUAGAACAGGAAUGAAAAUAGAGGCCAUGCAAGAGGCUGUGAUAGCUAUUGGUUGGGGACUAAAUAAGCUUUUCAUGCAUUGGGGUUUUCUCUGGAGAUUGGCAAUCCAUAAUUCAAGCUCCAAAUUGCGGUGGCAACUUCGGAGGGUACAAGAACUAUUUGGAACACCAUGUAAUGCGAGAGCGUUUAUACCAGACCAAAAAUUUUAAAGUGUUUAUAAGAAUGAAUCUUGUGUUGAUUUUGAUACUGAUUGAAUUGGUCUGCAGAGGAAAAUUAUCAGUAGUGAAUAAUCGAGAAGGAAGACGUUAAAUCCAAAUAUUGGUCGAGCAGUAAUUUUAGUAUAGAGCUGGACCAUGAUGAUUCAGAUCAAGUCCCUAUGUAACCUGUCUCAUUUUUUCAAACAUAGAUUGAACGGGGCAUCUCCCGGUAGGUGGUAACAUUUUAUGAA